AUUGGCUAUUACCCUAUAAAGGUAGGAGAGAGAGACGAUGCAAUAUUUCUUUUUGAACAAUUCCUUCUUUACCUACUCCUUUAAUACCAGUAAUUCAUUCUUCUAAAGAUAAAAAAAUAAAUAAAUGUUUAUCCAUUACCCUAUAGUAUAGGGCUUAUACUAUAGUAGUAAGUCCCCUUUUUAAAGCCCUAGAAAUCAAACCCCACUCCCCAGACUUUGCUUUCUUUCUCAGUAAUAACAAGUCACAAGACACUAUUUUUACAUACAUAUCUUUUUGACAGUUGCCACUUUACUGGUCUAUAAUGGAGUCUUGUUUGUCAGUGAAUGAAUGGCUGUAAAGACCAAGUCAGUCUUCUACUUUUUACAUCUUUAUCUCUCCUUCACUGCUAUGCUCAAUUAGAAAUAAUGGAUUGAUUCUUGCUCCAAAUUUGAUGUCUUUAUCUUGGUUUCAUUUUUAACUACAUAUCCCUCCCCAAAACCAUCACACUCGUUUUCUUUUUCUUUCUUGGAGUUUUUUCAUAUCUUGAUACGACUACAUUUUCUGCUUCCUACUUGUAGUAGCAAUCAAACUUUAAUUUCACACCAAAAGACAAAGAAACUGUCAUCUUUAAUCUUUGUCUUCCUACUGCGGUUCUCCUCUUCAGUAUCAGACUUUGCAUAUUUUGAAACUUACAUAGGUGGGGAUGAGCAUGAAAAUGAGGUUUUGAUUCUUGGCGUUAGGGACAAGAUAAAGACACUUUGUAACUUUGCAAUUAGAGUGUGGUUAGUGGAAGGCAAUUUUGAUUAAAGUUAAUUUCAAGUGUGUGAUCGAUGGAAUCAUCAUCCUCAUCCUCAUCCUCGUCUAAGAGGGCAAAAGCACCUGGCAAUAUUGCUCAAGUAGCUCAUUGCUUGGUUGAUGGAUGUAAUGCAGACCUUAGCCAAUGCAGAGAGUAUCACCGCCGCCAUAAAGUUUGUGAGGUCCAUUCAAAGACUGCCAAAGUCACCAUUGGGGGUCGAGACCAACGCUUCUGUCAGCAAUGCAGCAGGUUUCAUUCCUUGGUAGAAUUUGAUGAUGGAAAGAGAAGCUGUCGGAAACGUUUGGAUGGACAUAACAGGCGUCGAAGGAAACCUCAGCCAGAUUCUAUGGCCAAAACUUCUGGAUUACUUUUUACUGGCCAGCAAGGGACGAAACUUCUGUCAUUUAGCAGUCAACAAAUUUUUCCAAGUGCAGCUGCAUGGGCUGGCGUAGUCAAAACGGACAGCGAAAUGGUAUUAUACAACAACCAAUCGCAUAUAAAUUGCAUGGACAAUCAAAACUCGUUCCCUGAUUCUUCAGCUCGUAGCUACAAAGGAGGAAAUCAAUUCCAGUUCAUGCAAGGCAGUGACCGUAGUCUCCCUGAAGCUUCAAUCUACCAGCCACUUGUUGAUCAUCCCAAUUCUGCAGUAGCAGCAGCAGUUCCUAGCAGCGGACAAAAGAUCUUCUCCAGUGGAUUGAACGAAAUUGUGGACUCUGAUCGUGCUCUCUCUCUUCUGUCAUCAGCACCCGCUGUAACUAGGGAGAUUGGUUUUAGUCACAUGGUGCAGCAGCCUGCCACUAUCCCCCGGCCCCAGUCACAAUCUGUCGUUCAUAGCCUGCACUAUGGUGGUCUAAGCCAGUACCCUUUUGCUCAAGAUUUCAAUAGCCAACCUCAAGAUUCUGCUGCAGAUUCACAUGUUAGCAACAACAGCUCUCUGCAUUUCCAUGAUAUGUUACAAAAUGGAGCAGAUGGAUCAUCUACAAGUGGUGGCUGUCAGCAAACACUAGCCUUUAUGUGGGACUAAAUACUCAGGAUAUCUAAAUUUGGUCUCUGUUAACAUCAAGAAAAUUCCUUCCAAGCAAAUGUUAUUCCCAUUAAGAAUGUUUAGCUUCUAAUUAGCGACAUAAUUUCUUCUCUAAAAGGGUCGAAUGUCAGUAAGAUCCUAUCAUGAAGUUAUUUGUGACAAAGGUUGACUUUUGUGUGAAAUAUGAGUUGACCAUUUUAUA